AUGUCGCGACAGGGCAAGCCACCUGGAGGUAGUUCGACUAUGGGCUCGCUGAUAUUUGGUGGUGACGACAAUCAAUCGUCCUACCUUGACGACCGAAAAUCGCGUCGAUUUAAUCCUCAUCAACCUGAAGCUCCGGAGCAUGGCAAUAACGACAUCAAGACGCCCGAUGCAGGAGCUGCGGAGCUGUCGUACUACGCCAAACCGACGGCUGCACAGGAACUACGUGAUCGCGUUGCAGUUGCACCCGGAGCUGUCUCGUGGGAAACGCUGCAACAAAACACUGCAAUGGCCGUAGUUCGACGUGGCGAUUACUCGGGCAGUAGAUCGGACUACUUUGCGAACGGAAUGGGAGGCCAGGGCGGUGAAAACAACCAGCAGCGACGUACUCGUCGUAUGUUUGGCACUCCCAGCGGAAGCUCUUCGUUUAAACUAGGCUAG